AAAACGCAAUUGUCUCUCGAUUCUUCAAGAUGUGGACGUCUCGUGCUUUGAUUGUGUUCGGCCUAGUAAUGUUGCUUUGCCAGCUUGUGGCGGGUGCACCUGGCCCCAUAUGGAGCUUCGACCAGGUGGGCUCCUAUUUCAAUGGCAUCUUUCGCUCAGUGGUUGGACCAAUCUUUGGGCUGGACGACAAUGCCAAAAGUGGCAACAGCACAAGCAACUAGGCUAACUCUCCCCUCUUACCG